CCACCGCCCUCGGGUACCCCACAGCCGACGCCAUGUCCUCCGGGGCCAGCGUCAGCGCCCUGCAGCGCCUGGUGGAGCAACUCAAGCUGGAGGCCGGCGUGGAGCGGAUCAAGGUCUCCCAGGCAGCCGCAGAACUUCAGCAGUACUGCAUACAGAAUGCCUGCAAGGAUGCCCUGCUGGUGGGUGUUCCCGCAGGAAGCAACCCCUUCCGGGAACCCAGGUCCUGUGCUUUAUUUUAAAUAGAAAAGAAGUUCGCUGAGGAAUGCCUUCAAGUACAAAGUGACGAAUGCCUCCAAGUCUCAAGAAAACACUUUUCUCUAGCCAAAUGACUAUUAGAUCUAUUUCACAUCUUUUCUGUGGCCUGGUUGUAUUA